AUGAUGGAUCGAAUUUCUAUCUGCGAAGCCUUGGCCAAAAGGAAUGAAAUCGACCCAUUUCUUAAACAAAUGAUGACUGGGGAUGAGAAAUGGGUCACAUUCGACAAUAUUAUGCGAAAACGAUCGUGGUCAAAGCGCGGUCAAACAGCUCGAACGGUGGCUAAACCACAGCUAACGGCCAGGAAGGAGAGUUGUUGUGUUCUACCAGAUAACGCCAGGCCACACACGUCUAUAGUGACUCGCCAGAAACUCCGGGACCUUGGUUGGGAAGUUUUCAUGCAUCCACCAUAUAGUCUGGACCUGGCACUAAGCGAUUAUCAAGUUUUUCUUGUAUUGCAAAACUUCCUUAGUGAUAAGAAAUUGGCAUCAAGAAAAGAUUGUGAAAAUCGGUUACUAGACUUUUUCGUCAAUAAGAACCAAGACUUCUACAACAGAGGCAUUAUGAAGCUACCUUUAAAAUGGCAACAAAUUAUAGAACAAAAUGGUGCAUAUUUGACCCAAAUUGGACAAUCCGAAACAUGUUAA